AUGUUCACCACACUACCGGACUUUACACCGCGAGAUUCGCAUUCUCUAUGGUACAGAUCUUCUCGCAAUCCCUAUAUCCCACCAGGGCCUCUCGACGACUUCAAUGAAGGAUCGCAUAAUCAACAACAUGGCGCAAAUCAGGCGCGGCAACGCACCAAAAUCAUCGAGCGAUCAGCUCUCGCCCGACUUGCUGCAGACGAGCAGUAUAUGAACCGGAGAAGAUUAAAUGUUCAGAAUUACGGAAGCGGCUGGCUGAAGCCCCCAGGUGUCCCCAAGACACUACAUCAGAUGCGCGAAGAGAAGCGCGAGCAGGAAGAGCAUCAAGAAGCAAUGCGUCGAGAACAGUUGGCACAGGAGCUAGCUGAGGCCGAAGCUGAAGGUGCCCCUGGUGAUGGAACGAUGGAUGAUGUACAGCUUGACGGAGCUCAAGACCUAGACGAUGAGAUCCCGGAUGCUGAUGAGGGCUAUGGCUUUGGCGACGAUGACGACGAUGAAGAGGAAGAGGACGAAGAGGAGGAUGGAGAGGAAGAGGAAGAUGGCGAGGAGACGGACGACGAUGAAGCCGUAAGAGCUGAGCGCCAGAACGAUCUUAUGGCUGCACGCAUGAGAAUGGGCGACGACGCUUUCCGCGAAGCACUUGUCCGGGGCGAACCAGAUGCCAACGACAUGUACGGCGACACGGAAGAGUACGAAGAGGAAGAGACCAAUGGCCAACUUCUUGACGAAGACGACUUUGCUCAGGAAGACGACCUUGGCAUGGAUAUGGAUGCGGAUCUUGACGAGGAGAUUCCCGAGGCAGAGAGUCAAGGCUACGAGCACACUGACUCUGAAGCCGAAAUCUCAAGCAGCGAACAGCAAUCCAGCAGCGAGGAUGAGGAAGAGGCAGACGAUUUUGACACCAGCUUCCAACCUCGCUCUACGACUCUCCCACCGCCACUUUCACCUACAUUCCACGGCGGCCGUUCGACCAUGUCACAUCCUCGCGCCAGCAUGGAUCUGAGCAACCUUCUCUCACAAGACGGCAGCAGCUUCAUGCAUAGCAGUCCUGCCGGGCGCCGUGCCCGUCAAUAA